GGAAGUGUUUCCGCUGGCAAGAUGGCGGGUGCAGGGGUGCUGUGGGACUUACACCGCUUGUGUCGAGUGCUGCUAUUCCUCUCGCAGUUCUACAUCCUCUCGGGCGGCGAAAGCACCGAUAUCCCACCUUAUAUGAUGAAGUGUCCGAGCAAUGGUUUGUGUAGCAGACUUCCCGCAGACUGUAUAGAGUGCAAGACCAAUUUCUCCUGUGUCUAUGGGAAGCCUGUCACUUUUGACUGCACAGUCAAACCUUCUGUUACCUGUGUUGAUCAAGACUUCAAAUCCCGAAAGAGCUUUGUCCUCAACAUGACUUGCAGGUUCUGCUGGCAGCUUCCGGAAACUGACUACGAGUGCUCCAGCUCCACCAGCUGCAUGGCGGUGUCCUGCCCGCGGCAGCGCUACACAGCCAACUGCACCGUGCGGGACCACGUCCACUGCCUGGGUAACCGUACUUUCCCAAAAAUGCUGUACUGCAACUGGACUGGCGGUUAUAAGUGGUCUACUGCUCUGGCUCUGAGCAUCACCCUUGGUGGGUUUGGAGCGGACCGCUUCUACCUGGGCCAGUGGCGAGAAGGCCUCGGCAAGCUCUUCAGCUUUGGGGGCCUGGGAAUAUGGACGCUGCUCGACGUCCUGCUCAUUGGAGUUGGCUACGUGGGACCAGCAGAUGGCUCUUUGUACAUUUAGCUGCAGUUGCGCGCUUCAGAGGGCAGCAGUGCUUAGAAAACGGCCUCUUCCCUGUAGGAGUCCAUGUGCUGUGAAUGGUGUAUGUGUAUGUUUUUAAUGUACAGCAUCUGUACUUUGCCUGCCUUGAUGAAGGUAAAAUAAAAAACACUGAACUGUGUUUAUCUGGAAUUUGUUUUUAUUUGCCUGAAGCCUAUUUUUUUUCCGUGAAAAAAUUUAAACUUACUUAAACUAGAAGAACAACCUGUGCAGCAACUGAAAAUCUGUUCAAUUCGUAGACUUGAGUUUUAUAUUGCUUACCUCAAACUGUGCCACAUGUAUCUCCAGCCUGAGUGUCAUCUGCUGUAAAGAGCUUUUCAACUAUAAUUGCAGAAAGUGGGGAAUGUUUUUAUUCUUUAGCUAAAUAAGAUUAUCUACCUAAAUUUUCAGUCAUCUCUGAGCUUUGCAGUGUAAUGUCUAUGGAGUCUGGUCUUCAUAUAUGACUGUUUGAAGUAAACUGCAGAAAUUUUGUGUCUGGUUCCUGUGAUUGGAAUUUUGUUAGUAAUAUAAAAUGUUGCAAGACUACUGGAGAAUUAAUAAAACUACAAGUUACUUAAAAAAUUUUGCAGACUUCUUCCUGUUAUGUUUUUUAUAUUAAAAAUAAUCUUGAAUAAUCCUAGCAACUUUUAUUAUUAAGAAGUAUAAUAUUUAUUUUUCAGGGCAUUACUCCAUUCUAAUAGAUAUAUUCAUAAUUGGCUGGCUCAUUAACACACUGGAAGUGUUAAAAAAAUGUGUUGGUGUGAUAAAUGGUUUUGAGUCUUUGUAAGAUCUGUUGUAGACCCUUUCUUGGAAAUAAAAACA